UGACCGGCAGGACCUGAGAUCCCUGGGCUCUUGACUUCUCUGUCGCCUGGAGAAAGCAUCAUCCUGCCUCUGGAUGAAUCCUCCCUCUGGGCCACGAGGCCACCCAGGCCCUGUCUUGGAUCCCAGCGGCAUGGCCACCCCCACCUCACCCAGCCUGUUGGACAGCUCCAGCCGGGGCCACCUCCCAGCCCUCAGCCCUACUAAGGCAGCCGAGGCUCAGGCAGCUGCCUGGGUCCCCUUCCCCACGGUGGACGUUCCAGACCAUGCCCACUACACCCUGGGCACGGUCAUCCUGCUGGUGGGGCUGACAGGGAUGCUGGGCAACCUGACGGUCAUCUAUACCUUCUGCAGGUGCCUGACGGGCAGGGCUGUGGCUUGGGGGAUGAGGGUGGUGGUUCAGAGCCGGAGCCUCCAGACCCCCCCCAACAUGCUCAUCAUCAACCUGGCGGUCAGCGACUUCCUCAUGUGCUUCAGCCAGGCGCCUGUAUUCUUCGCCAGCAGCCUCUACAAACGGUGGCUCUUUGGGGAGGCCGGCUGCGAGUUCUAUGCCUUCUGCGGGGCUCUCUUUGGCAUCACCUCCAUGAUGACCCUGACGGCCAUCGCGCUGGACCGCUACCUGGUGAUCACACGCCCACUGGCCUCCAUCGGGGUGGUGUCCAAGCGGCGGGCAGCACUGGUCCUGCUGGGCGUCUGGCUUUAUGCCCUGGCCUGGAGCCUGCCCCCCUUCUUUGGCUGGAGUGCCUACGUGCCCGAGGGGCUGCUGACCUCGUGCUCCUGGGACUACAUGCGCUUCACGCCGUCCUUCCGCGCCUACACGCUGCUCCUCUUCUGCUUCGUCUUCUUCCUGCCCCUGCUUGUCAUCGUCUACUGCUACAUCUUCAUCUUCAAGGCCAUCUGGGAGACGGGCCAGGCUCUCCAGACAUUCAGAGUCCACGAGGGCGGCUGCGAGUUCUUGCAGCAGCGGCAGCGGCUGCAGAGCGAGUGGAAGAUGGCCAAGAUUAUCCUCCUGGCCAUCCUUCUCUUCGUGCUCUCCUGGGCGCCCUACUCCGCAGUGGCCCUGCUGGCCUUCGCCGGGUACUCGCAUGUGCUGACGCCCUACGUGAACGCAGUGCCCGCCGUCAUCGCCAAGGCUUCUGCCAUCCACAACCCCAUCAUUUAUGCCCUCACGCAUUCCAAGUACAGAAUGGCCAUUGCCCAGUACCUGCCAUGCCUGGGGCUGCUGCUGGGGGUGUCAGCCCAGCGGCCCCACCUGUACACGAGCUACCGCUCCACACACCGCUCCACGCUGAGCAGCCAGGCCUCGGACCUCAGCUGGGCUUCCGGGUGCAGGCGCCAGACGUCCCUGGGCUCUGAGACUGAGGUGGCCUGGACAGACACAGAAGCUGCUACGGUGUGGGGAGCCAUGAGUGGAAGAUCCCACUGUUCUCAGGGCCUGGAGGACAUGGAAACCAAGGUCCCUCACGAACUCCUGGGACUGGAUGCCGAGGAUCUUGGGAAGACCAAGGGGCUGCUCCCCAGCCUGGAGUCCAGGAUGUAGGGCAUCGCCUCUCUUCUGAGAUGUCCACUCCCUCUUGACCCUGCAACACGCACACUCUGAUCCCGGAUUGCCCCUGGGGCCGC